AUGUUAGGGAAUCCUCAUGUCUGUGGAGGCACCAUCCUUAGUCUGGAUCCACCCAAAGUCUUAACAGCUGCUCAUUGUGUACUAGGUAGUCCUCCUCCUUCUAGUUUUAUCAACAGCAACUUGAAAAACCCUUACUUUGUCGGUUAUGGUCAUGUCCAACGACAACAACAACAAACGCUUCAUGUCAUUGAUUGGACAAUCCAUCCUGCUUAUCUUGCUGACCCACUUCAACAACAAUAUGAUAUUGCCAUUUUGACUUUACAAUCACCUCUCAUUCCCUCUAAAUUCGUGGCAAGAGCCGCCAUAUGGUCUCCACAAAAUAAUGAUUCUCUACCCUAUUUGGAAGGGGCAUUGAUUGGUUAUGGAUAUAGUGCAACCAAUGAACCAGAAGCAGCCACAUUACAACGUAUGACACUUGAAGUAAGUAAUUAUCAACCACGAGGCGAUAAUAUGGUCAAUGCCGUUGUUACUUUUGAUGAGGAUCAUCGUAUCGCCUGUCAUGGAGACUCUGGUAGUCCAUUGGUAGUGCAAUUUCCCAUUCUCACAGCAUCAUCAUCAUCAUCAACAUUAUCAUCAACAUUAUCAUCAACAUUAUCAUCAACAUCAAUCUUUGGCGUAUAUGAUCCUGAUCCCAGUCAUCCAACAUGUCCAACCAAAGUCCGUCCAAAUGCCACCACCAUUGAAAGUUUUGUCAAUCUCAUCCCUUUGCUCCCAUGGAUUUCACAAGCAACACAUCAAUCCAUAGAGCAAUUGACCACACCAGAUAUAUAUGAUCUCGAUGGGAGUAUAAAUAAUAAUAAUAAUAAUAAUAAUAAUUAUAAUAGUAAUGAUGAUGAUAAUGCGUGGGGUUCAGUGACAAGUCCUUAUAUCGAUCAUAUCAUUUCAUCCUCCAUCACUUGUAUUGGUCGUUUGUUUUUCUUCAACUCUGCAUCCAACAAUAAUCCUCUCCUUUCUGCGUCUUCUUUGGGUAUUGGCUAUGCUCUACUUCCCAACACUUCUCCAUCACCAUUUAUAUCUAAUACCAUCUUUUGUACUAUUUGGUCUCUUCUUGUAACCCUGUUUGUUUCUAUCAUGUAA